GAAACAAGUAAACAAGUGAAAAUUUAACCGAAGUUAAAAUUUAUUCAAUUUAAUAUUUUAAAAUUUAUACAACUUUAUUAAGUGUACAUAUUUAAGCACCAACUCCAACUACAAGUCAAUUAAGAAAAAACCAAACUCAUACUCAAAAUAUUGUGAUUUUUCUAUUAGAAUAUGUAAGGAUUAUGUGACAGAGAGAGUGAGCAAGGACAUUAACACAAACACACAAAAGGACUACAUGUACACACAAACCAAUACAAAAGCUUAAUGUGUGGAAUUUUUGGUUGCUAAGGGGGUGUUGUAAAUUACGGCAAAACCACACAAAUGAGCCAAAAAUAUAAGGAUAAUUACCAAAAUUAGAAAUCCAUCUAUCCAUUUGGCAACCAAAACAACAUCGAUUAAAGGUCAAAGAAGGCGUAAACAGAGAGGACUCGUAUUUGUUAAUUAUUUUUGUUUUUGUUGACGGCCCAACUAGUUAUGUUGUUGGUGGCAAUGGCGCGAUAGAUAAAUAAACCUAAAGUACGAGGGAGGGGCAAGAAAACGCUCUGAAAUAAAGAAGCAACAAUAAAAAUACUUUUGCUAAACUUUGCCACGACUAGCUAAAUAUUGGAAACAGUAGCAAAAAAGAGUUUCAUUUUGUCGCAACGCGACACUCAAGAACUGAUUUAUGAUAGUAAUCGAAACGAAUUUCGAAGAAGUUAUCCGAACUAUUAUUUAACCCAACAAAAUUAAAAGUAAACAUGAGAAUACAUUUUCGUGAGCAAUACGGCACUAGAGGUGAAGAGAUAAUCUAUGUUACUCCGGCAGAGCAAAAAUCCAUAGUGCGUGUGCCACUGAAAAGCGACAAAUUGGUUAUACACGAGAAAUUCUUCCUGUAUCGGCUAUUUCAACAAAUAUUUCUGCCAAAAGGUUAUCCGGACAGUGUGAGCGACGAUUAUGCCUCUUAUCAGAUUUGGGAUACGAUUCAGGCCUUUUGUAGUACAAUAUGUGGAACCCUGUGUACGCAUGCCAUUCUCAAAGGUCUGGGUGUGGGUAAUGAAAAUAUAAACGCCUAUUCGGCUACCGUAGCAUGGAUAUUGAAAGAGGGCAGUGGGCAUUUGGGACGUAUAAUAUUUUCAUGGUGGAAAGGUGCCCAAUUGGACAUCGAUAGCAAAAAAUGGCGAUUGCGAGCAGACCUUCUCAAUGACUUAGCCAUGGGUAUAGAAAUAUAUGUGCUUCCAAAGCAUCCUCAUUUAAGUACACAAAUUUUAUGUGGAACUACGGUUUUAAAAGCAAUUGUUGGAGUAGCAGGAGGGGCAACACGAGCAGCAUUAACCCAACACCAUGCUUUGCGUGGCAAUUUGGCCGACGUCAAUUCGAAGGAUUGUUCCCAGGAGACUUGUGUCAAUUUAAUUGCUUCAUUUGUGGGCUUAUAUUUAUUGAGCGCCAUUAAAACCCAAGGAGUUUUAUAUGGGGUAUUUUCGGUAGUGGUUUUAUUACAUCUGUAUGCCAAUUUAAAAGCCGUAAAAGCAAUUUGUUUGCGAACAUUUAAUGAAUCCAGAUAUCUAAUUGCUUUGGAAGAAUUCUUUAGAUCGGGUAGAAUGUUGACGCCUCACCAGGUCAAUAAGUUGGAGCGUGUUACUGUGGGCCAGACUGUCUCUGUGUCUCUUAACAUACGCCUGGGUUUAUCCAUUAAAAAUCUUGUGGAUGAAUAUCAACACAGUCAUAUUGUUGAUAAUAUAGUCUCUUCUUUUGAUCCCCAUGAACAUUUCAUUAUCGCCGAAAGUAAAAAAUUUCUGGGUGUCUAUUUUCAUUUCAAUACCAUACCUCAAGAUGUGCUAAAGGCCUAUUUCUUUGCGGUAUCUUAUUUGCAAGAUCGCAAUCAAAUAAAAGAGAAAUAUUGGGACAUUCAAACUAAAUGGCAAGAAUUUUAUAAUCUUGCUCAACAAGAAGGUUGGGUAACAUCUCAACAUUUACUAAAUGUUGAUGAGUACCGUUUAAAUUGGAAGGCUUAAGAUGCCUUUGGAAAGUUUUUUACACUAAAGGUAACAUUAUCAUUGAGGAAUUAGAUUUAGUAGUUUUUAAUUAAGGAAUCAAGUUGAUAUUAUUGUUUGAAUACUUUUUGAAUUUUUGUCAAAUUAGCAAAUUAUGUUUUUUUGUUAUAUUGUAGUACAGACAUUAGUUUUUGUUCAUCUAAUGUAGAAGGGUCUCGAACUAGAAGCUAACACUAGCCUAUAUUUGUAACGAAUUUAAAAAUAUUUUGAAAAAUCUCACAACUUUUAGAUAAAUUGUAUAUAUUCCCUUCGAAUUUUUGAUAUAUCUUUUGUUAUGUAAAUAACUUUCCUAUUUUCAAAGAAAAUAUAAAAUCUUAAUGCAUGAAUUUAAGGUAUUUGGGUUACCAGAUUUUGAGAUAAUUAUAUUAACUCAUUCCAUUAGUGUUCAUAGCAGCUAUGAUGUGUUCGUUCCUAAUUACAUAUUAAAUAUAUUGAAAAGAUGCUAAUGUGUGGCAUAUCUUUGCCCCCAUUUUACGGUGUA